UCUCCCCACCCUAAAAAAAAAAAACACCCAGGUAACGACAUGUGAUUAAAAUAGACUCCCCCGUCCUGUCAUGUAAUAGUACAGUCUGUCAACGUCCUGCGCGGGAGCGGAAAACGUGCAUCCGACUGUGAGGAAAAGGAGCGGUGUGUUUUCCUGCUUGGUAAUACGUUCAGCAUGGCUCCAGACUGGAAACCUGGUGAUCUGAUCUUUGCCAAGAUGAAGGGCUAUCCACACUGGCCUGCAAGAAUCGAUGAAGUCCCAGACGGUGCUGUGAAGCCAUCCAAUAUCAAGUUCCCCAUCUUCUUCUUUGGCACCCAUGAAACUGCAUUUCUUGGACCAAAAGAUAUCUUUCCGUACCUGCCCAACAAAGAGAAGUACGCCAAGCCCAACAAGAGGAAAGGCUUCAACGAAGGAUUGUGGGAGAUUGAGAACAACCCAAAAGUUGAGCUCACUGCACCCAAGCCGGUCCCCCCAGAAUCUUUCACUGAAAAGGAUUUGGACAGCAGCCCAAAGGGAGAAGAGGAAGCAGAUGACAAGGGGAUAAAAUCCAAAGUUCCAGGAAGUGAGGCUGAGCAGGAGAAUGAGAAUGAGGAGGAGGAGGAGAAGGAGGAGGAGGAGGAGGAGGAAGGGUCUCUGAUCUCUGAGCAGGGUCCUCAGAACCAGGAUGUCUCAGCACAGAAAGAAUCCACAGAUGUUCCUAAAGCCAAGAGAGGAAGAAAGAAAAAGAGUGAGCAGGAGACUGAAAAAGACGAUGCUCCUGCUAGUCCUGUUAGUCCCUCAGGUGGUGAGGCUCCUAAACGAAGAGGCAGGAAGCCCAAAAGUGAGAAGUUACUUUUGCUCCAGCAGCAGGACCAGGAAGGCUCAGGAAGUGAAAUGGACACUGCUGAGUCAGACAGAAAGAGAAAGAGGGCACCAGAGGACAAAUCCAAGAGUGGAGAGGAGGAGAAGAGAAAGAAGGAGGACAGCAAAGGAAAGGAUGCAGAGGGGAAGGAGCCUGAAGCCAAGAAGAAGAAGCAGUCCAAGGAUGACAGCUCCUCAGGCUCAGAUGAUGAAGAGAAAAACAAAGGCCGAAAGAAACACCAAAACUCAGAAAUGGACAAAGAUGUGCGGCGGCGGAAAGCAGAUGAAUUGAGAGAGCCAAACAAAGAUGAUGGGAAGAAAACUGAAGAGAGGACAGGAGUCAAGAAAAAGGAAAUGUCAACUGACUUGAAACUCCAGAGACUGCACAAUGAAAUCAAGAUUUCACUGAAAAUUGACAACCCUGAUGUGAAGAAGUGCCUGGAGGCAUUAGAUGAGAUUGGUGCCCUUCAAGUCACAACCCAGCACCUGCAGAAACACAGUGAACUUAUUGCCACACUCAAAAAGAUUCGCAGAUUCAAGGCCAGCCAGGACAUCAUGGACAAGGCCACCAUGUUGUAUAACAAGUUUAAGAGUAUGUUUCUCGUUGGAGAAGGUGACUGUGUGCUCAGCCAGGUGCUCAACAAGUCUUUAGCGGAACAGCGGCAGCACGAGGAAGCCAAGAAAGGAGCACUGAAGAGAGUGGAACAAGCCAAGGAAAACAACUCAGACAAGAUGACAAAUGGUGAUAUCAGCCCUGAAGAGAAGAAGCAGGAGACGGAGAGAGAGAAGCUUCUUGAGGACACCACAGUGGGAGAAAAUCACAGUGCCCCAAAAGCACAGGAAGAGUCCAUUUGAGUGUCCUACAUGCCUGAAAAACAGAAGACAUUUUCUGCUGUACUGAUACCUUUGUUCAAACUGGGAUCUCCUGUCCAGUUGAUUUUGAAGACUCAUAAUGAUCAUUUCCAGUUUACUGACUGUUUCCAUCAGUGUUGCUACUCAAAGGUUUCAGUACAUCAAAACCCUCCACUUCCGAGAUGACUGACCGCAUAUUUUAUUUUUUUUAUUUUGUGUAAUCUUUACCUUUCAGACACCUGGUGUCACAUGCAUUGUCUCAUCUGCUGAAUUUGAGUAAUGACAGUGUAAUGCUAAGAUACUUGUAGAUCUGCAGCACUUUGAACUUAGAUCUUAAAGAACGUGCCCACAGAGACAGGGUUACUACCAUUUGGUCCUAUUUUUCAAUUGGAGUAGAUGGUUUUGAUUGUACUCAUUUCAUAUUCAUUUAAAUUGUUUUUGACAUUUACAAAAUCAACAGUUUGAUCUUAACUUCACAUACAGAGGUUUAGUUGUAGUUAGAAUCACCAUCACCAUAUUGGCUGCAUUCAGAAACAGAAAAUUCUGCAUUUGCCAAAGUUUAUUUUGCCAAAUUUUCUCAACCAUGUUCAAGUGUCUGUUUUAAAAGUUGGUUUUGUUUUUAACAUAAAUGUAAAUAAGAGUAUUUUUGUGCCUGUCCGAUGACCUGUUUCAGCAUCCAGAAAUAAAGUAGUACAUUAAGUA